AUGGCAAAUCCAAGUAAUCUGGUGUCUCUUAUUCCUUGUUUCAAUGGGAAAGAUUAUAAAUAUUGGAGUCACAAUAUGAAAGUGUUGCUGAAGUCUAUGAAGCUCUGGAAUAUUGUUGAUGAAGGUUUUGAAGAUCCGGAGACUGAAGAUGGAAUGACUCAAGCACAAAGAAAUGCUUUGAAUGAAAAGCGAGAAAAAGACAGUAAAGCCCUUUUCCACAUUUACCAGGCAAUUGAAAGACCGGUGUUUGAACGAAUUGCAAAAGAUGAAACUUCAAAGCAAGCUUGGGAAAUUUUGCAGACAACACACCUUGGAGAAGAGAAAGUAAAAAAGGUAUGCUUACAGUCCUUGAGAUUAGAGUUCGAGAAAUUUGAAAUGAAAGAAGAAGAAAGUAUUUCUGAUUACUUCACAAGGGUUACUACAAUUAUAAAUCAAAUGGCAUUCAAUGGCGAACGUUUAGAAGAUCAGAAAGUUGUUGAAAAAGUUCUUCGAAGUCUACCAUCAAGGUUUGAUUUCAUUGCUGCCACAAUUGAGGAAUUUAAAGACUUGGAAACACUUUCAUUAGAUGAUUUACUUGCAUCGUUAAAAUCUCAUGAACUGCGAGUAAAGCACAGGAAUCCGUCACUCCCUGAUCAAGCACUCAAAUCUCAAAUUUCGGAGGCUCUAAUUCUAAUACCUUUAGAGGAAGAGGACGAUCUGGAGGUCGAGGGAGAGGCCACCAUUCUCGCGGAAGAGGAAGAGGAUUUCAAAGUGGUGGAGUGUUCAAAGAAGAAGUAA